AUUUGUAUCUUGCAUUGCAUCUUGACAUGGACAGCACUUGGCAGUUCACAUACAUUGCACGCAUGCACUAGCGUUGUGAGUGUUUCUGCCUUGAGAAAAUUGGCUUGUUGCAGAGGAAGCUGCGUUCAGACGGAAUGCUCGGCAAGACGGCGCUUGCCGUGCUUCUCAUGCUCGCCGGCCUCGCGGCCGGGACCAGGCCGCCGCAGCCGCCGGUGUCGGAGGACACGCUGGAGGAGGUCGCCGGCUCGCUGGAAAUGUACGUCGACAGGCUCCCCCAGAUGCCCAAGAUCCACGGCUACUCCAUGGAACGCGGCCGCGCCACGCCGGUGCACCUCGCCGUCGGGAUGUACCGGAAGAAAUGGAAAUUCCACCGCGACCUGCCGGCGACCACCGUGUUCGUGUUCGGAGAGUCGGCCGAGAGCGCCACCUUCCCCGGGCCCACCAUCGAGGCCCUGCAAGGGGUCCCGCUGUCGGUGACGUGGGAGAACCACCUGCCGGAGCGCCACAUCCUCCCAUGGGACCCCACCGUGCCCGUCGCCAUCCCCAGGCACGGCGGCGUCCCGACCGUCGUCCACCUCCACGGCGGCGUCCACCCGCCGCAGUCCGACGGCAGCGCCUUCGCCUGGUUCACCGCUGGCUUCCGCGAGACCGGGGCCAAGUGGACGACGCCGACGUACGUGUACCCAAACGUGCAGUCCCCCGGCGUUCGCUGGUACCACGACCACGCUCUCGGCCUCACGCGCGCCAACCUCCUCGCCGGCCUCGUCGGCGCCUACGUCAUCCGCAAUCCGGCGGUCGAGUGGCCGCUCGGCCUUCCCUGCGGCGACAAGUUCGACCGCGUGCUCGUGCUUGCCGACCGCAGCUUCUACGCCGACGGCUCCCUUUACAUGAACUCCACCGGCGACAACCCGUGCGUCCACCCGCAGUGGCAGCCUGAGUACUUCGGCGACGCCAUCACCGUCAACGGCAAGGCGUGGCCGUUCCUACCCGUCGCCCGCCGUCGCUACCGCUUCCGCGUCAUCAACGCCAGCAACGCGCGCUACUUCAACCUCUCGCUGAGCAACGGCCUCCCCUUCCACGUCGUCGGCUCCGACACCAGCUACCUGCCCCGGCCGGUCACCGCCACCCACGUCCUCCUCGGCGUGUCCGAGUCGUUCGACGUCGUCAUCGACUUCUCCGACGACGAGUCCAACACGCCCGAGGUGGAGCUAGUGAACACGGCGCCGUACCCGUUCCCCGACGGCAACGCGCCGGGCCGCCUCUCCGGCAAGGUGAUGAAGUUCGUCGUCGAGCCAGCGAAGACAAGGGACCACUCCAGGGUGCCGGCGAGGCUGCUGGAGUACGUGAAGGUCGCUGAGGAGGAGGCAACAAGAAAGCGGUACAUCGUGAUGUACGAGUACGACGACGGCGCGACGGGCGGCCCGACGCACCUGUACAUCAACGGGAAGCGGCUGGAGGACCCGGCGACGGAGACGCCGCGCGUGGGGGCGACGGAGGUGUGGGAGGUGGUCAACCUCACGCCGGACGACCACCCGCUCCACCUCCACCUGGCCACGUUCCAGGCGGUGCGCGCCCGGGGGCUCGUCGGGCUGGACGAGCUCAGGCGCUGCAUGGCCAGGCUCAACGACGCGGGCAGGUGCAACGUUAGCGGGCACGCGGCCGGGGAUGCGGUGGGCGUGCCGGAGCACGAGAGGACGUGGAAGAACGUGGGGAAGAUGGCGCCGGGAUAUCUGACGACGGUGGUCGUCAAGUUCCUGAUGGUGGACACCGGCGAGGCCUACCCGUUCGACGCCACGGCGGAGCCCGGCUACGUCUAUCACUGCCACAUUUUGGAUCAUGAGGACAAUGCCAUGAUUCGCCCACUAAAGCUCAUCAGAUAAUUAUCGCCUCAGUUUUGCUAUUUUUCUAAGACAAAUGAGAAAUAGCUACUUCUGUCGCAAAAGCAUAGUACAAAUCUGAAUUUAAGACCCAUACAGUUGCAAAUAAUAAGAAAACAGCCGUCUUCAAGAGGGAGUUGUGUAUGAUAGAUGAGGUCAACUUUGCAAAAA